AGCUACUAGUUCAGUCAGUCAGUGCGCAGCAGAGGUGAAAGCUCAGCGUGACAGUGUGUGUGUGUGUGAUCUCUCUCUCCUGCGUGAGAGAACAUGGGACAUAUUUGGAUAUCCGAGAGCAAUAAUAUCCAGCGGCUCGGAUUAUCGUUUAAUCCCUUACCUUCCGCGCCUCGUCCCAGAACCGCCUGAUAACGCCCAGAGAUUACACCAAAAAAUUACACCAAUCUUUGCUGUUCAGAGGAAAACAGAAGAGGAGCCAUGAUUUGUGUCAGACGCGCUAGCAUCGGCUGCUCAAGCUAACUGAAGCGCGACUGUGGGAAUCUUCUUUUUGUCCGCCCAAAGUUUCUUUCUCACAUUUCAACAGGAAUAUACUGUAACUGUGAGGAGUUUAUACUGGACUAGAGAAUUAUGGUGUAAAGUCGACGUUAUGCGCCUGUUGUUGACUCGCUUGGCUCAUAGCUAACUGUUAGUAGCGCUAGCCGAUUACUCCGUCUGAACAACGGCGCGUCUUUAAUGUGUUUUAAUUAGUUUUACAAUAACAAAUAUACGUUCUUAUUAGUAAUAUUGACAUAAUCGCGCAGGUGGUUACUAGAUAACAUUGUAAUGAGAUUAUUUCUUUGUGUUGACAGCUUUGCAGGCGCAUGCUAACAAUGCACUAGCUCGAUAGCUGAAUUGCUUUUCUGUUAUAGCAAUAACUUGCCACGAUGAAAUAUAUGUUUUGGUAAAGAAAAAUUCAGAACUUUACGUGUGUUCUUUUAAUUUUUGUAUCAUUAACGAUCAUUUGAGCUUGUGUGAAGACAUGUAACGUAAACAACCUAACUGUUCAGUUUGAAAGUCACUGAAGGAUUUGGACAUUGAUAUUAUGUUAAGACUGGAAGAAUCAAUACGGCUGGGCAUUUUAAAUAUUAAACACUUAUAGAUCUGGACUUGAAGGGUGGGAUAUAGUUUGUUUUUGGUGUGUCCGCGGAUUUGGCCUUACGCCCUUUCAAACAUAGACCUGACACCAGAGCCUCAGUGACCCCGUAGCUCUGGAGAAGUCAGGAUCCAUCUUUGGCAUUAGAGAGGGACACACACAGUUGUCUCCUGUUCUUUGCUCUGACUCUGGCUCUAUGUGAGCAGUUAUGGGCACCCAGGGCAGCCCUGUGAAGAGCUACGACUACCUGCUCAAGUUCCUUCUGGUGGGAGACAGUGAUGUGGGAAAAGGAGAGAUCCUGGACAGCCUUCAAGAUGGAUCUGCUGAGUCUCCAUAUGCCUACAGCAGCGGAAUCGACUAUAAGACCACCACGAUCCUGUUGGAUGGGCGGAGAGUGAAACUAGAGCUUUGGGACACCUCGGGGCAAGGCAGGUUCUGCACCAUUUUCAGGUCAUACUCCAGGGGAGCGCAGGGGAUCCUGUUGGUGUAUGACAUCACCAACCGCUGGUCUUUUGACGGGAUAGACCGCUGGAUCAGGGAGAUUGAUGAGCACGCACCUGGUGUACCCCGUAUUCUUGUGGGUAACCGGCUGCACCUGGCGUUCAAGCGACAGGUCCCCACAGAACAGGCACGGGCAUACGCAGAAAAGAACGGCAUGACGUUUUUCGAAGUGAGUCCCCUCUGCAACUUCAACGUCAUCGAGUCGUUUACAGAGCUGUCGCGCAUCGUGCUGAUGAGGCACGGCAUGGAGAAGUUCUGGAGGCCCAACAGAGUAUUCAGUCUGCAGGACUUGUGCUGCCGUGCCAUUGUGUCCUGCACCCCUGUGCACCUAAUCGAUAAGCUGCCGCUUCCUGUGGCCAUCAAGAGCCAUCUGAAGUCAUUCUCCAUGGCCAACGGCAUGAACGCCGUUAUGAUGCACGGACGGUCCUACUCGCUAGCCAACGCCGCUGGAGGCAGCAAAGGCAACAGCCUCAAACGCUCGAAAUCCAUCCGGCCGCCUCAGAGUCCGCCACAGAACUGCACCAGGAACAACUGUAAGAUCUCCUAGCCUCUGGGCCCAGGGGCGGGGCCACCCCUCUCCCUCGCUUAUAUAACACUCAGGUGCACACGGACAAACACACGAGGAAAUCAACACGGGCUGGGCCGAUGGCACAACAGAGGUGUGGCACCUCCCGGUGUGGGGAGAGCAGGAUGUGAACAAACACUUCCUGUGGCUACAGACGGCCGUAUCUCUCCCCUCACACUGCUGCAGUAACAGUUGGUUCUUCACUCACAGAUCGUGAAUAAAAACAAACCCUUCAUCAGACUCUGAUUUUGUUGCAGUGAGCACUGGCAGCAUGUUUCCUACUGUGUUAGCGCCCUCUGCUGGAGAAUCCAUGCAGGUCAAACCCUGCAUUGGCUGAGAGGCCUCGUUUUGAAGUUGUCUUAUGGGCUUAUAUUUCGCUUUGGUUCUGUUCUCAUUUGCUCAUACUCAUUAUCCUCAGUGCUCUGCAUAUGAUGUUCCUCUUUUUUUGCUAUUUGUAGGGGCCUGUUCUUCCUGCAAAAACUGAAGUACCUCGGUCACAUGGUCUUGCAUGCUUACCAACAAUGAGAGGGGGCUGAUGCAAAAUGACUUGUAGUGCUUGCGUAUAAACCGAUGCAUUAAAAAUGUGAUUUGCACUGCAAAUUGGUGGUCUCUGAAUUUGCCGGUCAUUUGCACAAUGACUUAAUCAACAGAGUGACUGUUAUUGAAUGUGGACUGUGGGACCGCUAGGCUGAGAGCGACGGCACAAACAUUUCCAGACUCCGACAGAUUUUGAAUGGUGUUUGAUGAAAUAUUCGUCAUUGGGUCAGAACUGUCUUCUCCUUAAACACGGAUUACAGGAAAUCUCUCCUCAGGGGACAGUAUUGGAAAAGGGUUUUUUUUUUUGUCUCCGUUUCUCCUAACUUCCUCUUUUUUUUUUUUGUCCUGCAUGUCAAUAGUUUAACCUUAUACUGUAAUACUUGCCUUUCUUCUCAUGUCUAGAGUUCAAUACCACAACCGGCUUGCGGCCUGAUUUUCUCCCUCAAACCCUGCAUUUGCCACACCUUUCAGUACUUUCCCGUUACACUUUUCCGUCUAAAAUGCUCAAUGAUUUCAAAGUCCACGUGUUCUACCAGUUUUCAGUGUUGUAGCAUGAGUUCAAAAGUCAGGUCUUUGCUCGAAGCCCUUUUAAUCUGCACAUACAGCAUGGUUUCUCUAUAGAUGUAUAUCAGAAUGAAGGAUAAUAAAUCCAUUCAAGCUUGCUUCGACAUAUCAAGCACAAAUCAAACGGUGAUGUCACAAGUGGAAUCUUCCGCACCUCCUUCCGCUUCCAGGUCUGAUGAGCUGUGGUUGUUGAAUGAUGGAUGCUCUUUAUUUCGUCAAACUCUCCCCCGCAGUGUUUUUCCCCUCUCUCCUCCAGCCCUUCAUCUCAGGGACGAGCCCCGGCCUCCAGCAGCAGACCUGCCCAAUGAAGCCUGUUUAAAGUGUGCUGAGUGACCGGCUGCUAGCAGGAGGCCUUUAAACUUCUUCAGAGGGCUGUGAGCGCUUGUGUUUGACCUAUACGCUAUUUGCUACAGGCCUUUGCAGUCACUAUAGCUGAUAGAAUGAACCUGGCACACAUUGGUUGUGUGUUUUAGAGCAGUUGUGCGUAUUGGUGUCCAUCUGUUGGGUGACGUAAAAACUAAAGGGUCCAAAGAAGGUGUUAUUGCCCCCCCACCCUCACCUUAAUCUUUAAAUCCUGAAAGGUUGUGGUUAUAGAAAUACUACAAAAAAAGUGUUAUUUUGUUCCUUUUUGGGCAUCUUCAGAAUCCGUAGGUAUUAGUUUAACCCUCUCACCUGAGAGCAAAGGUCGUUGUUCUCUGUAAUAUGCACAUCAUACACUCAAAAGGAAUUCUCCCUCUCAUCAUUUUUUUUUUUUUUUUGUAUUGUAAAGUGUUUUUCCUAUUUGUAACGGAAGCCUCUGAUUAUAUUUGAAAACAAACGCUCAUGGUUUUUAAGUCGGGCAGUAUGAUGAGACCCUCCUGGAGUGGCCAAAGGGGCGGUUUCUUCUGUGUGAACGGGAUCAAGGGAAAUGUGAUUUGGUGGAGCAGUGGGAACCCAUUUGUAAACACUAUUUUCCUUUGGUUGAAGCUAAAAGCUGCUAAAUAACUUGCGUAAUUAUUAUCAGAAGUUCUUGCAACAACUUUUUAAAUUAUUGAUGUACAGUUCUUAGUGUAUGAACAGCAACAACUUUUUCACAAUAAAAUUGAUAAUGUUGUCAGUAAAA